AUGGAAGUGGAGCCCCUGGUGAAAAGGAGGGAGAGAAAGAGGAGGAUGCAGCAGGUGAUUGACACCAACAGUUUUGUGCUUUCUGGGAACCUACAUGGGGGCUCUGUGGUUGCCAGCUAUCCAUUUGAUGAUUCUCCUACACACAAGAUCUCAGGCGUGUACAGCAAAUCGGCAGAUGAUGAGGUUUUUAAGUAUUUGGCAAAAGCUUAUGCCUCCAACCACCCAGUCAUGAAAACGGGCACCCCAAACUGUCCUGGGGAGGAGGAAGAAACCUUCAAAGAUGGCAUCACCAAUGGCGCACAUUGGUACGACGUGCAAGGUGGCAUGCAGGAUUAUAACUACAUUUGGGCCAACUGCUUUGAGGUCACCUUUGAGCUUUCCUGCUGCAAAUACCCACCAGCUUCACAGCUUGAGCAGGAAUGGGAAAAUAACCGGGAAUCUCUCCUCACCUUCAUCGAAAAAGUCCACCUGGGAAUCCAAGGGUUCGUGAGGGAUUCAAUCACUGGGGCCGGCUUGGAAAAUGCAACCAUUGCUGUGGCUGGAAUCGCUCACAACAUCACAACCGGCCGGUUUGGGGACUACCAUAGGCUGCUGGUGCCCGGGACCUACAACGUCACAGUGGCUGCCUUGGGAUACCUGCCAGUCACCCAAGAGAACAUUGAAGUAAAGGAGGGGGACGCAACCGCCGUCAACUUCUCCUUGCGGCCUACCGUAGCAGCACCGGCCUCUGACCCUACCCAGACGGCGCCUGUGGUGGCCACAGACCCUGUGGCCAACGCGACCAACGUCACCAACACAGACCAGCCGACCUUUGCCCACCCGUCAAUCCAGCCGGAGGAUUUUCGCCAUCACCACUUCCCUGACAUGGGGAUCUUCCUGAGGAAAUACGCCUCCGAGUAUCCAAACAUUGCUCGUCUCUACUCGGUGGGCAAGUCGGUGGAACAAAGGGAGCUGUACGCCAUGGAGAUAUCCGAUAACCCCGGCGUCCAUGAAGCAGGAGAAGCGGAGUUCAAGUAUAUCGGCAAUAUGCACGGCAAUGAAGUGGUCGGGAGAGAGCUGCUCCUUAAUCUCAUAGAAUAUCUCUGCAGGAACUACGGGACGGAUCCUGAAGUCACAGACUUGGUCGAAAAUACUCGGAUCCACAUCAUGCCAUCCAUGAAUCCAGAUGGCUACGAAAAAGCCCAAGAAGGAGACGUCGCGGGGACCAUUGGCAGAAACAACAGCAACAACUAUGACCUGAACCGCAACUUCCCUGACCAGUUUGUCAACGUCACAGACCCUCUGCAGCCAGAGACCAUCGCAGUCAUGGGCUGGCUGAAGUCCUACCCCUUUGUGCUGUCGGCGAACCUGCACGGAGGCUCUUUGGUGGUGAACUACCCCUACGAUGAUGACCAACAAGGAAUUGCCACAUACAGCAGGUCCCCUGACGAUGCUGUCUUUCAGCAGAUCGCCCUGUCCUAUGCCAAGGAGAAUGCGCAGAUGUCCCAGGGCCACCCGUGCAAAGACCUGGUUCCCGAGGAGUAUUUCCCCCACGGCAUCACGAAUGGAGCUCACUGGUACAAUGUUCCAGGCGGCAUGCAGGACUGGAAUUACGUGAACACCAAUUGCUUUGAGGUGACCAUCGAGCUGGGCUGCGUCAAGUAUCCAAAGGCCGACGAGCUGCCCAAGUACUGGGAGCAGAACCGCCGGUCCCUGCUGCAGUUCCUCAAGCAGGUUCACCGAGGUGUGAAGGGGUUUGUGUUGGAUGCCACCGAUGGACGGGGCAUCUUUAAUGCCACGAUCAGUGUCGCCAGCAUCGAUCACCCAGUCACCACCUAUAAGAGCGGAGACUACUGGCGCCUGUUGACCCCGGGGACGUACAAAAUCACAGCCUCUGCCCGAGGGUAUGAUUCAGAAACAAAGACAGUGAAGGUAGGAGAUAAGAGCGCCGUGCAGGUGAACUUCACUUUAACGCAAAAGGACUCUAAAGUGGAGGAGGGGAAGGCCCCAGAUGUCAACAUGGCCGAGACUGAUGGCACCGUCACCAAGGAAUUUGAAACUUUGAUCAAAAACCUCUCGGCCGAGAACGGCUUGGAACACUUCCUGCUCUCUUCCUCAGCCGAUGUCCAGCCUUCCCGUUACCGCCUCUACGAUGAUCGGUCCAUGUUCCUGAGAGGCCUAAACUUGAAUUAUCCACAGAUCACCAAUCUCACGAGCUUGGGCCAGAGUCGUGAGUUUCGUUACAUCUCGUCCCUGGAGAUCUCGAAUAAACCCAACCAAUCUGAGCCGGAGGAGCCUAAGAUCCGUUUCGUCGCUGGCAUCCACGGCAAUGCCCCCGUUGGCACCGAACUCCUCUUGGCCCUGGCCGAGUUCCUCUGCAUGAACUACAAGAAGAACCCGGCCAUCACCAAGCUGAUUGACAACACAAGAAUUGUGAUUGUGCCAUCCCUAAAUCCGGAUGGACGUGAGAUUGCCCGGGAGGGAGACUGCACUUCCAGGAUUGGUUUCACCAACGCGAAUGGCAAAGAUCUGGACGCGGAUUUCACAAGCAAUACCUCUGCAGCCAAAGAGCCGGAAACCAAAGCCAUCAUGGAGAACCUGAUCCAGAAGGGAGACUUCAGCCUCUCCGUUGCCUUGGACGCAGGGUCCCUGCUAGUUACUUACCCCUAUGACAAACCCGUGCAGACAGUGGAGUAUAAAGAAACCUUGAGGCACCUGGCGUCCGUCUAUGCCAACAACCACCCCACGAUGCAGCUGGGGCAGCCUGGCUGUCCGAACAAGUCAGAUGAGAACAUCCCCGGAGGCAUUUUGCUGGGGGCCGAGUGGCACAGCCAUCUGGGCAGCAUGAAGGAUUUCAGUGUGACCUACGGGCAUUGCCCAGAGAUCACCGUGUACACGGGGUGUUGUUACUUCCCAAGCGCCGGGCAGCUCCACGCUCUGUGGUCGGAGAAUAAGAAGUCGCUUCUCAGCAUGCUCGUCGAGGUUCACAAGGGAGUCCAUGGCUUUGUCCAAGACAAGCACGGCCACCCCGUGUCAAAAGCCCAAAUCAUCCUCAACGAAGGCGUGAAAGUCUUCACCAAGGAAGGCGGCUACUUCCAUGUGCUCUUGGCCCCUGGCUACCACAAGAUCCACGCUCUUGCUGACGGCUACCAACAGGAGCAUGUCCAGGUCUUGGUUCGCCACGACAUGGCUACCUUCCUGCGCAUACAGUUCGACAUAGACAACAAAAUCUUUGGGCUGCCCAGGGAGUUGGUGGUCACAGUAGCAGGGGCCACCAUGACCGCUCUGAUCCUCACCGCCUGCAUCAUCUGGUGCGUCUGCUCCAUCAAGUCCAACCGGCACAAGGACGGCUUCCACCGCCUCCGGCAGCACCAGGACGAUUACGAAGACGAGAUCCGCAUGAUGUCCACCGGCUCCAAGAAGUCCCUGCUCAGCCACGAGUUCCAGGACGAAACGGACACAGAGGAGGAAACACUGUAUUCCAGCAAACACUGACCCGCCCAGGGAGCAGGGGGGCUUCCCCUGCAGAGACAGAUCUCGUGGCACUCAGUGGUUUCCUCCUGCGAGCGAACCCAGAACCCGGGACCUCCUCCACAUCUGUAGAUCCAGAGCCCCUUUCAACAAAGCUGGUGUGGGCCGCCAGGCUUCUUUCCGGCUGCCCGAGUGAGGAGCGCCACCAGAGCAGCAUCUCUCAGACUUUGGCAAAGUUUCUUUAAGCCUUUCUGACCGUCGCGGGUCACUCCAUGCAGCGCCUGGAGGAAAAUAACACUGUCACUGCCACGUUUAGUUUAACACUACCCCCCCGCCCGGCUGCUCCUGCAGCAGCACAGGCAAAUUCCUGAAAUUUGGGGCACAACUUCAGUGGUCGGUCGCAGGAGCAUGAAAACAAAUAGCGGCCUUGCUCUCUGGGUGGAGGUUGGGCUCCUCUUCCUCCUUGUGGCCUCCACUUAGGCCGUAUGGGCAGAAGCCAGCCACACCACUUCUCUGUGUGAUCAGCAGAGAAGAGGAGAAGACGGUUGUGCCGAGCGGGAAGCAUCUCCUUUUUCUCCAGCUGAGGCUCGUUGGGGGUGGGGUGGGGGGAAUAAAAACGGAUUUUCUUUUCACUCAUCCUCCUUUAACCCCCAUCCCACCCCUUUUCUGCCUGAGAAUGUAGGACAGCAAGAGACCCAGUCCUGUCUUUAGAAAGAAUAAACUCUGAUCAGCCUAGGAUAGCUGGUCUGUUGGAUUUCCA